AUGAAUACCAUUCAUACAAAUAUUCAUUCGACUCAAGAAAAUAGGAUUGAUAAUGAAUGUUGUACAAUAAGAAGUAUUACUAUCGGAUUAACGUUUGUUAUUGGAAUGACAUUUCUUCAUCAAUGGGGAAAUUUUCAAAAAAGUUCUAUUUUAAUUUUUUCAAUAUCUGUUGUUAUUGUUGCUUACCCAUUAGGAUAUUUAUGGAGUUUAAUUAUACCAAAUUCAAAAAAAUUUACAUUAAAAGAACAUGGACUUAUUUUAGUUAUGGCUAAUGUUGCUUACAUGCAUAAUUCUGUUUAUAUUCAUUCAACGAUGACAACAUUAAAAGCUUUUGACGGAAAGCAUAUUCAUUUUGGAUAUUAUUUCUUUUUUGUUCUUUCAAUUCAAUUUCUUGGAUUCGGUGCUACAGGUAUUCUUCGUCGAUUUUUGGUUUGGCCAUGUGAAUUAAUUUGGCCACAAAAUUUACCUUUGAUAGCUGUAUUACGUGCAUUACAUGAUCGUAAAUUAAGUGUAGCAGAAGCAUCUUAUGGAAAUAAAAAUCGAAGUUUAAAACAAACUCUUUUGGAUAAUCGUUUAUUAUUUUUUUUUGUUAUAUCAAUAAUAUCAUUUAUAUACGAAUGGUUUCCAUUAUAUAUAAUGCCAAUAUUAGCAUAUUUUUCAUGGAUGUGUUGGAUAAAUCCAUCAAACAAUUUUUUAGUACAAUCAACAGCAGUACGUGGACUUGCUAUGGGUGGUGGAGGCUUAACAUUAGAUUGGUAUAUACUAACUGAAUAUCUUGGAUCACCAUUAAUUAUACCUGGUUCAGUAUUAAUCAAUAUAGCAUUUGGCUUUGCAUUAAUUAUGUGGGUAAUUGUUCCGAUUGUAUAUGGAGCAAACAUAAGAGAUUUUACAACUUUGCCAAUCGGUGGAAAUGUAUUAAUUGAAUUUACAGCAUCCAGUUUUAUUACAGCAUUUACAUUAUUUGCAAGUAUAACAGCUGUUUUUGUUCAUACAUUAUUAUUUCAUGGUGUUGAUAUAUGGCAACAAUUUCGUACAAAAACUUUAAGAUAUAUGGGAAACGAUAUGCAUGCUCGUAUGAUAUUACUUUAUAAAACAGUACCUGAUUGGUGGUAUUUAGAAUUAUUUGCAUUAUCAUUAAUUAUUGCUUGUGUUACAUGUGAUCGUGCUGGAUGGUUAAAUUGGUAUUAUGUAUUAUUAGCGUCAUUUAUUGGAGCUCUAUGUACAUUACCAUUUGGAUUAGUUGCAUCAAUAACUGGACAAUUAUUACAUAGUUUACCUGUUUAUUAUUUAUGUGUAUUAAUUGGUGUAGCAUUAUCAUUACAAAAAUCAGCUAAAAAUAUACAUACAUUUAUAACUCUUGGUUAUGUUAUUUUUGUUCAAACAUUAGUUUUAAUUCAAGAUAUGAAAUUAGCUCAUUAUAUUAAAAUAGGUCCACGUCCAUUAUUUUUUGCUCAAUGUCUUUCUAGUUUAAUAUGUUCAACAUUCUCAAUUGGUAUUCAUUACUUAUAUCUUCAAAAAGGUUAUCUAACAAAAAGUUCGUCUAUAUUUAAUAAUACAAAACUUGGUUGGACACUUAUUAAUAGUUAUGAUAAAUUUUUUAAUGGACCUAAUUUACCUAAUAGAGAUUUAUUAUGGGCUUUUUUAGUUGGAGCAUAUAUACCAAUACCUGGAUGGAUAUUGUCAAGAUUUAAACGUUUUUCUUGGUUAAAAAAAUUACAUUGGCCAUUAAUAUUUCUCACUAUUAGUUGGAUGCCAUCAAUUGUUUCACCAGGUACUUUAUUUACUUGGCUUGUUAUUGGUUUAAUAGUUCAUUUUAUGUUUGGAAAAUAUAGAUGGAGACAACGUUAUGUUUAUUUAGUUUCAGCUGGUCUUGAUUUUGGUCUUAAUUUAACAUUAAUUAUUGUUCAUACAGCUUUACAAAAUAAAAAUCAAUUUUUUCCACAAUGGUGGGGAAAUCGAAAUACAACUAUUUAUGAUAGUUGUGUAAAAGCUAUUUAA